UUUGUCCAGCACUCAGCAAAGAAGAGAGAGAGUUAGUCAGAAGGAAAGCAUUAAAACAAAUACGGGUAAAAUAUGGUUUACAGAACACAGAGUAUGAAGACAACAAAGCAGUGAAGAAUCCAAAGUACAAAGACAGAGCAGGAAAACGCAGAGAGACCAUUGGAAGUGAAGGAACCUUCCAGAGACAUGAUAGUCCAGCUUCUGUUCAUAUUGAAAUCAGCAACAGCAACAAAGGACAUAAAAUGUUGGAGAAGAUGGGAUGGAAGAAAGGGGAAGGCCUGGGCAAGGAUGGUGGUGGUAUGAAGGAUCCGAUCCAUCUUCAGUUACAUAAGACGCAUGCAGGUUUGGGUACAAGUAGACCAGCCUCAAUUGAAGAUGUUCAGAUCAUCCAGAGCAAGAAUAAAAAGAACUGGGAUAAAGCAAGAGAAAGGUUUGCUGAAAACUUCCAAGAACCUAAAUCACAAAGGGAUACGCCUAAGAUUACACCUUGG